AUGGCAUCCUCUAAGGAUUGCGCGGUGUUUGCAAAAGCAAAGCGCGUACAAGAGGUGAAAGAGCAACACAAGAUCUCUUAUGCAGAAGCCGUGAAAAAGGUGGAGGGAAAGCCUCAGGCCCAGGCUGUAGUUAUGGCUCCUCCAAAUGCUUCAAAACGACGAAUAGAGACGCAUGGCAGCCCUAAUCAGGAUUUGGUAGUAAAUAAGGAGUCACUUAUGGCAUUCAUUGUUGAUGUUGUGUAUGGAUCCCGUGGUAAAAAGUCAAGAUCAGAUCUAAUCAAGUGGGUGGUUGAGUCUGCUGGCAGAUUUUUGGGGCUUAAAGACUAUGCUCCCCAGUUGCUGUUCGGCUACAUGAAGGAGGUUCAGGAGGCUCAGGGGGCUCAAAACCAGUCAUCGAGCCAGUCCAGCACCGGCAGUGGGGCAGGGGAUGGAGUCGAGGAAGAAGAAAUUAAUAUGGAGGAAGGGGGGCUUGAGGCCUUCUUUGGGGGGAUUUAG